CUAAGUUAGCUCGAAAAGUGCCGUCACUUGUUUCCCUACGAGAAGAAUUUUGGUUGCACCGUCACCGGAAGUGUACGUUGCUGAACAUCGUCCUGCCCUUUUCCGCGUGUAGCGGCUGUUUAAGUAGCAUCUCACACAGAGGCACGUCCAAAAACUAGCGCUGAAAUGGCUUCUGCAGGCGGUACCUUGGACUCUCCAGUCAAACAGAUCCAAAUUGAGGGCCUGGUGGUGAUGAAGAUCAUCAAGCACUACCAGGAAGAAGGUCAGGGCAGCGAGGUGGUGCAGGGCGUCCUGUUGGGCCUGGUGGUCGAUGAUCGGCUGGAGAUCACCAACUGCUUCCCCUUCCCCCAACACACAGAGGACGAUGCAGACUUUGACGAAGUCCAGUACCAGAUGGAGAUGAUGCGUUCACUGCGCCAUGUCAACAUUGACCACCUGCACGUUGGAUGGUACCAGUCCACUUACUACGGUUCCUUCGUCAGCCGGGCCCUCCUUGACUCCCAGUUCAGCUACCAGCACGCCAUCGAAGAGUCUGUGGUACUAAUCUAUGAUCCCAUCAAGACCGCGCAGGGCUCCCUCUCCCUGAAGGCCUACAGGCUGACACCCAAACUCAUGGAGAUCUGCAAAGAGAAGGACUUCACUCCUGAAGGCUUGAAGAAGGCCAACAUUGGCUUCGAGCAUAUGUUCGAGGAGGUGCCCAUCAUCAUCAAAAACUCCCACUUGAUCAGCGUCCUGAUGUGGGAGCUGGAGGACAAGUCCACAGUGUCUGACAAGCACGAGCUGCUCAACCUUUCCAGCAGUAACCACUUGGAGAAGAGUCUGCAGCUGCUGAUGGACAGGGUGGACGACAUGAGCCAAGACAUCGUGAAGUACAACACCUACAGCCGCAAUCUGAGCAAGCAGCAGCAGCAGAAGCACCAGUACCUCCAGAGGCGGCAGCAGGAGAACGCCCAGCGACAGAGCCGCGGAGAGCCGCCGCUGCCUGAGGAGGACAUCACCAAAAUGUUCAAGCCCCCCCAGCCCCCCCCGCGCAUGGACACUCUUCUCAUCGCAGGGCAGAUCAACAACUACUGCCAGAACGUGAAGGAAUUCACCUCUCAGAAUCUGGGGAAGCUGUUCAUGGCGGAGGCGCUUCAAGGCCACAACUAGAGACCAGAAAACAGGGACUUGGAAGUUCCCUAGCUGUUGUAAGAAUCUAUUGUUUUUCAUCAUGGAAAUAAAUCUUUACAUCCUCC